UUUAUACCUAUAUUAUAUCUAUUGAGUGUAUAUUUUAAUUAAAAGUUUAAUAAAAUUGCAUGUGUUACAUUUAAUCUAAUAAGACUGAAAGUUUGAUCGGUCGAAUCUAUAAGUUGGAAUUUAAAUUUUCUUCCGAUGGUUUAUUUUGUCGAUUCUUAUUGCUUUGGGACAUUUAAUUUAUUAGAAACAUAUGUAAAUGGAUCGGUAGAAGCAACCAAAUUAUGAUGGCACAUUUAUUAGUGUUUUCUAUAACAAAUAGUCCUAGAAAUUCUCCUCUUCUCCCACUUUUUUCUAUUCAAUUUCUCCCAACACUCCACCAUGACUGUCCUCUCUCUCCUCCUCCUCCUCCUCCUCUCACUCUCUCUCUCCGCCGCACACGGCGGAGGCGGCGCAGUCUCCCAAGAUCUAAUCCGUUCCUCUUGUCUUCAAGCAAGGUACCCAACUCUCUGCAUCAGAACCCUCUCCUCCUACGCUGGCUCCGUCAAGACCCCACGAGACCUUGCUCAAGUCACCAUCUCCGUCAGCCUCUCCCUGGCCCAAAACCUCUCCGAGUACCUCUCCGACAGCCUCCGAAAGGCGUCGAGGCAGCAGCGAGCGGCGGUGGAUGACUGCGUGGAUCAGAUUGGGGACUCUGUGGAGGAACUGAGCAACACAUUGGGUGUUCUCCGGCACCUCCCCUGCGGCGACGACCGGCGGAAGUUCCGGCUGGAGAUGGGGAAUGCGAAGACGUGGGUUAGUGCGGCGUUAACGAAUGAAGAAACUUGUCUUGAUGGGUUUAAAGAAGUGGAUGGGGAAGUGAAAUUGGAUGUGAAGAGGAGGAUUGUGAAAGUGGCUAAAGUUACAAGUAAUGCUCUGUUUAUGAUUAAUCGUCUCGACAGUGGAAACUCCACGGGGAAGGAAGAUGUUGGUCGUGGCGGCGACAAUGACAAAUGAUGGAGGUUUCAGGGCAUGCAGAAGAGUAGAGUUUGUGGUACCAUCAUUCAUGCAUCUCGACGGCCUUAAAAUUAUAAGAAGAGUUUGAAGUGCGAUAAAUAUUAUGAUUAAAUGGAAUGUAAUGCUCAUCUAUUUCCCUUUUCUAUAUGUAUUGUUUGCUAAAUAUAUACAAAAGUAUUGAGAAAAAGAUAUUUGAGUGUCUUUUCACGUACCUGCAAGUGUCUAAUUACAAAUUGUUAUUCAAUCAAAAUUUGUUUUCUAAAUAA